GCGCUGAGGCUGUUGGUCUCGCCAUGGGUCGCCGCCCAGCUCGCUGCUACCGUUACUGUAAGAACAAGCCAUAUCCAAAGUCUCGUUUCUGCCGUGGUGUGCCGGAUGCCAAGAUCCGCAUCUUUGACCUGGGUCGGAAGAAGGCAAAAGUGGACGAGUUCCCACUGGGUGGCCACAUGGUGUCCGACGAAUACGAGCAGCUCUCGUCCGAGGCUCUGGAGGCCGCCCGCAUUUGUGCCAACAAGUACAUGGUGAAGAGUUGCGGCAAAGAUGGCUUCCACAUCCGAGUGCGGCUCCAUCCCUUCCACGUCCUCCGCAUCAACAAGAUGUUGUCCUGUGCCGGGGCUGACAGGCUCCAGACAGGGAUGCGAGGCGCCUUUGGGAAGCCCCAGGGCACCGUGGCCAGGGUCCACAUCGGCCAAGUCAUCAUGUCCAUCCGCACCAAGCCUCAGAACAAGGAGCACGUGAUUGAAGCCCUGCGGAGGGCCAAGUUCAAGUUCCCUGGACGUCAGAAGAUCCAUAUCUCCAAGAAGUGGGGUUUUACCAGGUUUAACGCCGAUGAGUUUGAGGACGAGGUGGCUAAGAAGCGCCUCCUCCCUGAUGGCUGUGGAGUCAAAUACGUCCCCAAUCGUGGCCCCCUGGACAAAUGGCGGGCUCUGCACAAGUGCAAGUGAGGGCUCUGUCAGCGCUGCCGCCUCGGGCCAUGCCCCUGUGACUUGUGCUAAUAAAUUCUGUGUAUUGGCAAAAAA